AUGGCCAUGAAGAUGCUCUACCGUGGCCCAAGCAGCCGAUUGGAAACGUUGAUUGAGAAAAUUCAGCAAACGCUUCAACUCACCCACACAGAGCUGUACUCCUCGCACACAUCGUCCAGCUUUUCGCCGUCCAUCUCCGACGGCAUGACAACACCGAACUCGAUCACGAAUGAUGGCACCAACGACGGAACCCUGCUGCCGUUGGAACCGACGGGUGAAAAGCCAUUCCGUCAGGGUAGCAGCCAACAGCUGCAUCAUCACGUGCAUCCUCGGCAUCAUCAUUUGCAUCAUCGGCGAGCGGGUUCGGGAGGUACCGGAGGAGGACAUUCGUCUGCCGGGAAGGAAGGUGGCAAAUCGAAACACCAGCAUCAUCAUCAUCAUCAUCACAAUAAUAAUAACAACAGCAGCAGCCACAAUCAUAACAGCAGCAACAAUAACAACAGCAGCAGUAAGGGUCUGAACAGCACGUAUCAUUGUCAGUUUUGUGAGAAGACGUUCCCGCGGCUCGGUUAUCUCAAGAAGCAUGAGCAGAGCCACACGGAACACAUGCCGUUCAAAUGUGAAUACUGCGCCCGAUUGUUUAAGCACAAACGAUCCCGCGAUCGCCACACGAAGCUUCAUACGGGUGAUCGCCGAUAUCGGUGUCUACACUGCGAGGCUGCCUUCUCCAGGAGUGAUCACCUGAAGAUCCACAUGAAAACGCACGACAACCAGAAACCGUUCCAGUGUACGAUCUGCAACCGAGGCUACAACACGGCCGCAGCCCUUACGAGCCACAUGCAAAACCACAAGAAGCAGCUGGCACUCACCGGGAGUCCGAAUCUCACGUACAGCCCCCGAUCGACGACGAGCUCACUCUCGAGUGGGGGUGGCAGUGGUGGUGGUGGCAAGCGUGGGGCCAAAUUUUCACCCUACGCCAACGAUCCGCUGCUGUUGAUGAGCCGCGGAAGCGCUAAACUGUCGGCGCUAGCGAAAGGCGCAUCCGGUGGAGGAGCGCUAAACACGGCACAGAAUACCAGCCAUCGAACACCGACCCCGGGUGGCCAUCAGGAGCUGUUGGCGUGUCCUUACUGUACGCGCACGGAUUUCGCAACACUCGAGCAGCUCGGGUUGCACGUACAAUCGAUGCACGGACACGGUGGUGCGUUGGGGUUGCUGGCGGGAGACACUCCGUUGCCGUACUUUGCCGCCCAUCUCCGGGGUGGCCACGGUGGUGGUGGUCGCCGUGCGGUCACACCGGAUGCGAGUUCACUUUCACUCGGUGGACUCGGCCCGUACCCACCGAUUAACUGCGAGUUUUGUACGAUGAAGUUCCCGACGGUGCCGCUGAUGUUCGCGCAUCUUAAAGCGGCUCAUCUGGACCGGUUGGCUGGGGGGACGGCAGUUGGUGGCCACCAGCGGGGUUCACCGAAUCAUGGCCAGCUGGGAACAAGAGCCACCGCCAGUGGGUAUGCUUCGCUCGAGCAGCUACACUUCGGUAAAAGCCUGCUGGGAAGUGCGUUUCCAUCGUUUUACGGUGGACUUGGAGCAGGAUCAUCCUCAACAUCCGGUGCGCGAAUGUCCGGUGGGAGUGUAAAAACGGAACAGCACCGAUCGUCCGCGGUGGCCACGGGUCGUGAUGAGAAUGGAAACGAAUCGGAUGAACCGUCCAGUAAACGGCGGCGGCGGCGUGGAGCUGAAGAAGAUGAUGAUGGGAUCACUUCCGACGAUGAGGACGAUGAUGAGGACGACGACGAUGAUGACGCUGGGGAUGACGCUGGUGAUGACGAUGAAAACGACACGCGAUCGCUUGAGCGCGAGUCAGCGUGUGGAAGCAGGAUCAAGCAGGAAAGAAAGGACGACUCGGAUCCGCUUGGUCCUGGUGGGCCAACAUCACCGGGUUCAAUGUCCGGGCGCUCAUCGCCAUGUGAAUCACCGGCCGCAUCGUUGACGCGUCCUUCAAGCCAUCCGACGACGUCCCAGCGGGAAAGUCCAACCGAACAGCUUACCCCGACCGAUCUCAGCCAACCGAAGAUGAAACGGCUCAAGCUUGAGGCACUCGACGAUGAGGAUGAGGACACGGGCCAACCCGUGGAGGGAAGAAACGUUCCGUUGGGCUCGAAUCAUCGUGAACGGCACCGAGAUUCUGGUAGACGUGAGAGUGAACCACGGGAACAACCGCGGGCCUCACAGGAAGGUACGAUUCGUCCUCAUCAACCUCACGGUUUUCAACAGCAGCAACAACAGCACUCGUACCAUGGCUCGGGACCUCGGGAACAAUCACAACAAUCAAUCGCACAACCCGCACCGGGUGCAUCCUUAGCAGGAUCUCAACAACAGCAACAGCAACAUCAACAACCACCUGGUGCGUACCUCUGCAAUCAGUGUAACGCCGCUCUACCCGAUUUCGAGUCGUUCCGUACGCACCUAAAGGCACACCUGGAACAAAGUGCGGCCAGUGCUGCGGCUGCCGCAGCGAUGCGUCUUUCCGGUGAGCAACACUCGAGUUGUGGUUCGGCUGGGGCUGCAUCCGCCACUGGCACAGGAUCCACUGGAUCCGGUGGGGCACUAUCGCUCACGGCGUUCCUGUGUCAGCAGUGUGGCGCAACGCUCAGUUGCCAGGCCGAGUACGAGCAGCACACGAUCGGGCACUUUCUUGUGAUGGCGAUGGAAUACCGUUGCCAGGCGGCUUCUUCAACCGGAACCGGUGCGACGACCGCCUGCCCCGGGAAGACCACAUUCGCGAAGGUGGAAGACCUCCACAAACACCUGUACGAGGGACACAUGCAGCUGCUCUACAAAUGCACCGUUUGUGGGGAAACGUUCGACUCCAAGGUGCAGGUGCAGGUGCACUUUGCCGUAAGCCACUCCGUGGAGGUUAAACUGUACCGCUGUUCGGCCUGUGCGGAAGUGUUUCGAUCGGAGCGUGAGUUUAGGCAGCACAUACGCACCCGUCACCUAGCGGCCGGAGCCAUUCAGUGCAUGUUCUGUCGGAUGGUUUGCGCUUCCGAGCUGGAGAUGCACUUUCACUUGGCGUCCCACGCCCGCAAGUACAAGUGUCCGGCAUGUCCUGAAUCGUUCCACGUCGAGUUUCUGCUCGAUCGGCACAUCCAAACGCACCACACGCAGAAGGAAACGGUUUCACCGAAUCGCCGGGAGGCGAUCACCCAUUCGGCUGUGGCUUCUACGCCAUCGUCCUGCACGUCCACUGCCGCUGGCACGAGCUCAACAACGGCCGCAUCUUCAUCAUCCGUUUCAAGUCAACCGGCUGGAGUUUCUGCGGGGUUGGACUAUCUACAGCUGCACGGACAAAUGGCGGCUAUGGCGGCAGCGGCCGCUUGGCCCAGCCUCUACCAGACGGCUAACAAGUUCUACGCCAACCCGCUGCACGUGGACACGCUGAACCAGCUCAAACAUCCGCAGCAUCUUCUGCACGGGUUCUACGACACGAUGAUGGGAAAAGCCCAACAGCAGCAGCAGCAGCAGCAUCGUGCCUCAUCGUUCCUAUCCGAUGCCCCUGCAGCUGGGACAGGCAAAAAGAACCCGUUCACAUCAGGCCACUCACCGAACACGGGCCAUUCGACGACGCAGCUUGCCAGCUCGCUUUUGGGGCUCGGAUACGGUGCCACGACGAGCUCCUCCACCGUGGCCGCUCAGUCCCAAUCGCAAAGGGACCGUUCCGGUGGAUCGCACCAUCACGCCCACAACGGUUCCUCGGCGGGAGUGUACUCUCCCGAGGGUGGAAACGGCACCGGAACAAAUGGCACCGGAACCACCCCGGCCGGGUCGAAGCUGUACUCACCGAUCUCGAUGAUACAACGAUACGGAGACGGAACCGGUUUGGGGCCUGUGGCACGAGCGGGUGGAGAAUCUCCCCCCGACCAUCCGCUGCUGGGAACCGACCAAGCGACCCGGAAAGCCACCCAACAGGCGAGUCAACAGCAGCAAUCACAGGCUGUUCCCAAGCCAUCCUCCGCGUCAACCGGUCAGCAAUCGUCCGGUUCCGCUGCUGCCCAGAUUGCGACCGUUUCGGGCAGCAACUGCUGCUACAGCUGUGGUAUCUGCGAGCGGUCCGAUUUUAGCACGGAAAGUGAGGUCCAAACGCACCGAAAGAUCGUACACAAUCUGAAGACGGGCGUGAGCUUACGGUGCGCGUACUGCAACGGUGACUUCCGGUCGAGAAACGAGUUGGAGAACCACAUGAAGGUCGCUCACAACACGGGCGGUGGCAAGCACAAGUGCUUGAUUUGCGAUGAAAUAUUCCCCUCACCGGCGGUGCUGGCCGAACACAAGCUAACACACUGCAAGGUCGGUGCAUCCGGGCGCUGUUCGCACUGUAGCCUCCCACUACCGGAUGCUCACACGUUCAAGCAACAUCUUCCGGCGCAUCAGCAACCAACCGGAACGCAACCGGUCACGCCGGCAAGUUCUGGCUCGACCACGGCCACUGUCACAACGUCCGCAAACUCCGCCCAAGGUGGUAGUGGCCCUUCGGGUGGUUCCUCCAGCACCGGACAAACCGCCCCAGGUGGAUCCUCAUCGGGAGGUAACACGGUGGCCACGGGAUCAAGCACCUCUACUGUGGCUAACGCGAACCUGGAACAAGAACGCUUCCCCCAGCAGUGCAUCUGUUGCCGGCAGACGCUGAAUUCCGAGUUCGAGAUAAGCCUCCACGCCAAAUUCCACACCAAAUCCCCGGACACUAACGAGCGCACGUGUGCCCUCUGCCUGGAACCGUUGCCGACGCACCCCGAAUCGGUGACGAAAAUUUGCGAUCCGUGUCUGAAACGGCACAACUUCCCCUCGAAGCUGCUGUCGAUGAAUUUCCUCAAACCAGCCGGUUCUUCUGGCACCACUCCGGGAGCUGGUCCACAUGGUCACAUCGGAAGCACCGGAUCGGGAGAAGGACGGAUCGCAGGACCACCACCACCGGCAGCACCACCAAUAGCAGGUUCAACGGGUCAUCACCAUCACGAGCAGCUCGGCGGUGGCACGCGGGACUCCGGCACACCGGUGUUCCAGUGUAAUCUGUGCAAAAAACCCCUCCCGACGGGUCAAAGGCUGCAGGAGCACCUGAUCGAUCACACAUUUGCCGGGUGUGAGGAACGCGGCUACGUUUGCUACCUCUGUUCGGCCGUUUUUACCUCCUCCGCCGGUUUGCAAGCACACCUGCCCGUAGCGCACGCGAGUGCGGCCGCCAAACCGUACGACUGCGAACGGUGCGGCAUGGCGUACUUCUUCCGGGCCGAACUGGAGCAUCACCUUAUCGAUCACGAGCUGGGAUUGAGGUUGCCGGUGCCACCACCACCACCACCAGCAGCUGGGGAGUGUUUCGAGCGUGAGGAUGAGCGACGAUCCCGGCGACGGGCAUCGGUGAACGUUGAGGACCAUCAUCCGGUGGGAACGCGGAUCAAACAGGAGCAGACGGACACCGAUGGAAUGGUGGACGAUUCACCAUCGGAGGAGGACGAUCUGCGAAAGGAUUGUGCAAGUUUUCGCGGCCAGUUGGCAUCAGAUGGCACCUUGGGGAAGGAUAAUGAGGCGCGUGGUGAUGGUUCUGAGCGCCAGAAACCGGUGCAGGAGGAUGAUGAGGACGCCGCAAAAGAAGAAGAAGAAGCAGAAGAAGACGAAUCGAUUGAACAUGAUAAAGCUGAUAAUACAGGCGUGCGGCCAGCAAGAAGCAGCAGCAUGAAUGAUGUUGAAGCUGAAGAUGCAACUGCGGAGAAUGAGCAUCCUGCGUCACGGCGGCCACCGGAUGCCGAGGAAAACGAACAGGAGGGUGAAGAGGAAGAAGCAGACCAAGAAGAAGAAGAAGAAGAUGAUAUGGAUAUGGAGGAUGGCGAUGGACCGGAGGAGGAAGAGGAUGAAGAUGAGGAAGAGGAGUACAUCGAGGUGGAACAUACGGCCCUCGAGGACGGUGGAAGCAAGGGUGGCAGCAACAGUUCCGAUCACCCACCCCGAAGACCACCACCGAACGUGUUGAUGAACGGUGGGAAGGAUUGCGCCACACUGGCCGCCGGUGGUCCUGCCGCACCAUUUCCGGUCGUAACGGCGGCCGAGUGAACGUCGUUUGCGCGCCCGCAGUUUGUAGAAACAAAGCGUGCUAAUUUGAGAACGCAAGAAGACAGCAAACGACGGCCAUCCGUAGCGCGUGCGUAAAACGUCCGUAAGCGCAAGAGCGCAUUUUGUUACAUACGUUUUCGUUACUGCGAAUUGUGUGUAGCCCCCCCCCCCCCUGGUGUGUAGUGGGACAUUUUUUUGGCAUAUUCGCUUUGCUGCACACCCACGAUACGCAAACGCUCACGCUCGCACAUCCUUUUCGAUCCCCACCAUUAUUGUGCACCACCCGUACGAGAAAAGCAAAGGAAA